CAGCGAGGCCCGCGCGUCACGUGACGCGGCCGGCUGCGGCCCGCCCCCCGCGGAACGGAGCAAAGGAUUAUGGCACAGGCUCAGGGUUUGGGAAGGAGAUACAUUAAAGCCUUUUUUAAAGGUUUCUUUGUUGCCGUUCCUGUAACUGUGACUUUUCUGGAUAGAGUUGCCUGUGUCGCAAGGGUGGAAGGAGCAUCAAUGCAGCCUUCUUUGAAUCCUGGGGGAAGAUAUGCAUCUGAUGUAGUACUCUUGAACCACUGGAGCAUUAGAAAUUAUGAUGUACAACGUGGGGACAUUGUAUCACUGGUGUCUCCUAGAAAUCCUGAACAGAAGAUCAUUAAACGAGUGAUUGCUCUUGAAGGAGACAUUAUUAAAACCAUUGGAUACAAAAAGAAGUAUGUGAAAGUUCCACACGGUCAUAUUUGGGUGGAAGGGGAUCACCACGGGCACAGCUUUGACAGCAACGCUUUUGGUCCUGUUUCUCUUGGACUCCUACAUGCCCGAGCCACUCAUAUUCUCUGGCCCCCCCAGCGCUGGCAGAAGUUGCAGCCGAUGCUUCCUCCGGAGCGCAAACCUCUCCGCCGAGAGCAGGAGUGAUCUGAGCCUUCAGGCAGGAAACCACUGACAGGGAGCUCAACCAGAAAGAGUUCCAGUGGUUGUACAUCACCUGUAAGAGCUUUGCCAGGUGCUCUGACAUCAGCGUCAUCUCAACAAAUACACGUGACAUCUAAAUGUUACAAUGCCACCAGAAAUUCUUUGUGUUUCUUUUGUUUGUUCUAUCGUUUGGUGGGUUUUAAAAAUUUCCAACAUUAGGGCAUUGUAUAUUAAUUCAGUUUGAAAUCAUUGGUUUUAGAAGAACUGAAUGUUCAUUUUUUUUCUGGAAACAGUAACAGGCUUGGCUUAUGUCUGUACCCGUGCAUCUCUGGACAAGAAACUAUUAAAACCUUCAAUAAAUUAUUUUGAUUUUUACAUUCACCUUAUUUCUUUUGUAACUGCCUGGAAAUUAUUAAUAUUGAUUGCAUGUGAAAAAGAAAAAUCACCCAAAACAUACAUACUUUGGAUCGUCCUUUCAUUACUAGUAAUGAGGAAUCAGUACUUCUGUUGGUGAAAAGUUUUUAUUGCAGCUUAAUUCUAUUAUUAAACUGAGUCCCUAUUAUUUA